UCCACCUAGGCUCAUGACAUCCAUGCCCCGAUCGUCCGUGAGCCUGCGACUACCCUCACCCACCACAUAUAACCAUAACCUGCGAGUACCGUACCUGUCGCCCUUGAUAGGCACCCUUGCCUGAAUCGUGAUACUGCCGAGAGGGGCUCUGCAGUAGGGGAAUCGCAACUUCACUUUUCUCUCUCCUCUUCUUCCCUUCUUCCCUUCUUCCCCUUCUCACUUCACUUCCCUUUCCAUACACCAGACCACCACCCUCAUGGUCCCCCCACCGCCGUCUCACUCACGAACUGGAACUUUCUCUCCUGUUCCUGCGCAGAGUUUGCAGACAGGGCUCACUCAUUCUCCCCACCCAUCACAGACCGGUCCUUUGAGUGCUGGCGCGAGUCCCAGUACUAACAGUCCGACCACGGGGUCCAGCUCCCUCACGAAAAUAGUUGUCGCCCAGGUCUAUCUCUUACUGAGUACCAUCAAGGAGGACAAGGACCGCGCUAAGUGGGAGUUGCAAGUAGAUCAACUUAGGAAGCUCCUCGAUGACCACGACAUGGAGGUCUUUUCUAGAUACUUCACCCGGUUGGUAGCCGGCAAUGCACCACAAAUAUUUCCUGGCAUCAACCGGCCUGUUGCCAAUCCCGGCAACUAUUCACUACUUGCGGAGGAGAUGGCUAAGAUCUCUCAUGAUCUUGAACAAGCCUCUAGGAUAGCCGAAUCGAUCGAGACGGCCAACGAAGACAUAUUUCGCGACUUCGAUUUAUCUACCUUUAUGGAGCACUUCAAGCUCGACGCUCUAGAAAAGACGAUCCUAGCUCUAGCAUUCAAGUUCGGGUCUCGCCAGGAUCUGAAGACGAAGGCGGACGCGAUCCUAUCGACCAACUUCCCAACCUUCGUAAACAUAAUUUCGCGAGCCGAUUAUGGCGAUCACUCCGACCUCACCCCGUCCUUCAUUGCCACCAUCGUCGAUCGAUAUAUCCAGGGCCACCCGCCCAAUUUCAACUCAGCCGCUAAGCACGAGCUAAGCCAUAAGGUUCAGUCACGAUGGUUGCAACAAGAUCAAGCACCCCCGAUGGAGGUGUUGGCCGCUUUAGAUCUUAUCAGAGUCUUAGGUCAAAGGCCGCCCAAUGCGCUAGCCCUUUACAUACAGAGGACUGGUACCGAUUUUACCCGCGAUGAAGAAACCUGCUUGUCCUACCUUCAAAAUAGGCCAGCCAAUAUCCAGCUAAGUGAAGAACAGGUGUCCGCGGCUCUAACGUACACGACGGUGAGUAUUACACAUCGCCACAAUCCCUCUGUACUGGUCGCGGCCCUUCGCCGUAUACUACCAUCUACCUUUGGUUGGCAUGACGUGGUUGCCUACUUUGACCAGCGAGACGUGCGUGUGUCAUCGGCACAGUUCUUACGACUAUACGAAGCCCUCCUACCUAUCGCGCAGGCACAGGAUGACCAGUCCUCCUCGUUCAGCAUCCAGAGUCUAUGGGGAGGGUCUCAUUGGGAAAAUCCAGAGACCCAGCUAUCAUUCAUCUGUGCGUUUGCGUCCUUGAGUCCAAACGAACUAGAUGCAAGCACCAUCCCUGGCCUUCAACCGACAUUUACUAUUGACGAAUACGCAAACUCUCCCCCCGAAGUCCGCGAACGAGCAGCAAUCGCCGUAAAACACCCUCUCGUUUCGGGCCUAGCUUUAUCCGCAAUAUUCCAGGUCGCGCUUCAUUCCCUACAUGCAUCGCAGAGCACGGAGGCAAAACGGCUAUUUCAAGAGGUGGUUGUUCCUAAUCUUGACAUCUUCAUCGUGUCCGCUUUCGGGGUCCCUAAGCCGUGGCCACCCAUGGCUGUCGAGACUUUGGCAUCGCUUUUUGAUAACUUCCUUCACCGACGUUCCGAAUAUCACGACUUCGUGCUAGGCAGCCUGUGGAGAAAAGACAGGGAGUGGGUUACGGAAAGGCUGGUCGACGCUCACGCCAUGAAGCCAAUGGAUCUCACCCUCAUAUUUGAGCAUGUCAUCAAGCACGGAUGGCUGGACGAACUAGUCUACUUACCAAACGGAUUUGGGUACGAUCUUGCCGCUCUCGCGCAUGCUGAAGGCCAGCUCGAUCUCUCUCAAUGGGCCCACAAUAACGCCGAGCGUAGUCCCACGAUCUCGCAGUCUUUGUUGCAGUUCCUGAUGAUCAAGGCAAAUUUAGAGGUGCAGUCUCAAAAGUCAACGGCUGAUGGUCAGCCCGUGCCGAAGACCACCACGCCUCUUCAUAUUAAAACCGUGCUAGCUAUGCUUCAGAUUCUCGAGGACUUUUUGCCUAGGAAUCCCUUGCCCGAGCUGAUCAUAGUUCAACGCGCUUGUAUCACUGCGUACCCCCGACUCAUCAACUAUGGGGACGAAGAAUAUGAUGCCAUCAUUGAUGCCAACGGCAAAGAUGGAAAUGGACUGCCUGCUGCCGCCAUCGCUAAAAUGGAAGAACAUUAUAAGAGAAUGUACGGUGAGGAGACAGAGGUCAAGUACAUUGUCCAGAGCUUAGAGGAGUAUAAGCGAUCGCGAGACCCGCUAGAUCAAGACAUAUUUGCCUGCAUGAUUCAUGGUCUUUUCGAUGAAUACUCUCACUUUGUGGACUACCCCCUUGAGGCCCUCGCUACCACCGCUGUCCUGUUUGGAGGGAUAAUAUCACACAGCCUAAUUUCGGAGUUGCCUCUCAAGAUUGGCCUUGGAAUGAUUCUCGAAGCUGUUAGGGACUAUGGCAUUGAUAACUCCAUGUACAAGUUCGGACUUCAGGCACUCAUUCAGAUAUUUCCUCGAUUCAGAGAAUGGCCGGGAUUCUGCAAGCAACUUCUACAGAUUCCCGCUUUACGCAGCACUGACGCCUAUAGGAAGGCCGAAGAAGUCGUGCUAGAAGACGAGGAAGAUCGGGCGCGUACGCAGAACGGUACAACGACUCCUAACCACGUUGUAAACGAACCAGCAGCAGUGCCGCCGCCACUGCCACUCAUGAACGGGGCCGCGGACGUCGCAGAGCCUCAUGUUACUCCCUUCACAGCGAUAAAUGUUGACCCGCCGCCUCCGGGAGUUUUCUUUGAGGAUCCUGUUGAGGAUGUGCAGGACAGAGUUCAGUUUGGCCUCAACAAUCUAACGACAUCGUCGCUUCAGACAACCUUCAAGGAAAUCCACGAGGUCUUGGAAGGGCGACAUCAGCAGUGGUUCGCCAGCCACCUUAUUGAAGAGCGAGCUCGAAUGCAGCCCAAUUUCCAUUCGGUCUAUCUCGAGCUUGUAAAGCUCUUUCAGAACCAGGAUCUAAUGUCUGAGGUGUUGAGGCAAACUUAUAUUAGCGUUGCCCGCAUGCUGAAUUCGGAGAGCACGAUGCAAAAUUCGACGGAUAGAACCCAUUUGAAAUAUUUGGGCGCAUGGCUUGGCCUCGUGACUAUAGCGAGGGAUCAGCCAAUCAAGCAUAAGAAUAUUGCCUUCAAGCAGUUGCUCAUUGAGGCUCAUGAUACGAAGCGACUGGUUGUAGUUGUACCCUUUGUCUGCAAAGUGCUGAUACAGGCUGCCAAGUCAACGAUCUUCCGUCCUCCCAACCCGUGGUUAAUGGACAUCAUUCACCUUCUCAUUGAACUUUACCAUCAUGCCGAACUAAAGCUCAACCAAAAAUUCGAAAUCGAGGUUCUUUGUAAAGAUCUUAAUCUGGACCAUAAGAGCAUUGAGCCAUCUAGCGAGCUCCAGGACCGUCUGCCAGUUGAGGAGGUUCUUGAUAUAGCAGCUCAAGAUCCUAUGGAGCAUUUUGAGAAUAUGUCCUUGAACGGAAUAGCAGCCGCGGUUCCUGCUGGCCUCACGCCACAUCCUAUUCCAGUCUCAAUCCCGGAUAUCAGUGCUCUUUUAUCGAUUCCUCCUACCAAUGAGAUGGUCGUUAACAGCGCUCGUCUUCAUGAAAUUGUUCGUACUGCCGUGACCAAGGCGCUCCAAGAUAUCAUUCAGCCAGUGGUCGACAGAUCCGUUACGAUCGCAGCGAUAAGCACCCAGCAGAUGAUCCACAAGGACUUCGCAACUGAACCUGACGAGAACAAGCUUCGAACGUCUGCGAUUAACAUGGUCAAGGCAACAGCGGGAAGCCUUGCACAGGUUACUUCGAAGGAGCCUCUUCGAGCUAACAUUACUAACUACAUGCGUGGUGCCGCAACUGAACUCCCUCAUUCAUUGCCCGAGGGCACAAUAAUAAUGUGUGUCAACUCGAAUCUCGACCUCGCAUGCAGCGUAAUCGAGAAGCAAGCCGAGGAGCGUGCCGUACCAGAAAUUGAAGAGAUGAUAGAAGCUGAAUUGGAGGCGCGGCGACGUCAUCGCAUACAGCGAUCUAACGAGCCUUACGUGGAUCCUAGUCUAAGCCGAUGGGCCAUGACUAUCCCUCAUCCAUACAAACUCUCCCCUAACCUCGCUGGGUUGAACUCGGAGCAAAUGGCCAUCUAUGAGGAUUUCGCGAGACAGCCACGGGGCGCAACCCAGGCCAGCGCAACCCAUGCCGCCUCGGCUUCUGAUGCGACUCGGAACAUCGCCAAUGAGGUUCUGCAAGAUCAGUACAGCUCUAUCCCGAGUCUUGCGACUCCGGCAGAGACCCCGUCCCUGCCUCAGCUCAAUUCCCAAUUGCCCUACUCUCAUGUGCAUGCUGGAAUGGCUAACGGCCGUCCCGCAACCCAUCCAAUGGAUGGACGAGGACUUAUGGAAAAGGUUGAGAGGCUCUUAUCAGAACUCAAACGUACCACUACAUCAACCGAUGAGGAGCACUUUGCCGAUCUCCCUAGAUCGCAUCCGGUCUUAGAAGUUGUCGACGUAUUCACGCAACUUAUUAUCAAUACGUCACAGAGCUCGGACGAGUUUGCGUUCUACGCUGUUGAGAAAAUCUCUCACCUACUCUUCAGCGGCGCAGAUAACACGUUAUUCUUAGAAAGUCUCGUUCAUAUCCUAGAGCAACUUCUGAAAAUUGCUGCCAGCUCCGGUACUGCUCUCCAUGAUCGUGUACAACUUAACUUUUACCAGCAGCCACCUCAGAAUAUCCUGAAUAUUUCCCUGAUAACCGCACUACUCCCAACUGAUUUCCUCGAUCUACACAGCAUUGACGGGAUGAUGGCGAAGAUGCUGGCGCAGAGGGAGGAAGGAUACCUAGAACUGUUUGCGAAAUUGUUGGACUUGACCUUGUUCAACGAGCGCCCUGUCGCACUUUUCGCGGACUUUGUUCGCAGCCUGGAGUUGGCAUGGGAAUGGAUCAACGAAGACCCAAGCCUCGAAGUAGGCCAAAGACUCAAGUCCAAAUUCAUCGGUUCUGGAUUGAUCAAGCCGCAGAGCCAGGAUGUCUUAGAGGAUGGUGAACGACUGGACCAGUUCGAAUAUGUCUUGGAGGAAUGGAUCCGCCUAUACAAUAACUACAACACUCCGGAGAAAGCUCACAUUGCUUUUGUGAAGCAAGUCCGUAGCAAGGGUAUCAUUGGGAGCAAGGACGACUUCCUUGUCUUCGUACGGAGAGGGAUCGAUGCGUCGGUCAACUACUUCGAACAGAUCAUACAUGCCGGAGGCACCAACACUGAAGCAUUCACCACUGUGGAUGCCCUCGUUAAGUUGAUCACUACUUUCGCCAAGGAAAGCGCUGCUGAACACGAUGACCCUAAAGAAGGACUUCUCUCCACACUAAUCACUGUCGUGUCGUUAUUUGCGGUCGUUCUUAACCACCAUCACGUAACACGAGGCGAGCAGUUCAAUCAGAGGGUUUUCUGCCGCCUCUUCUCCAUGCUAAUGCAUGGUGUUGAUGGGAUCUUUGUAGACAACCCGAGCCUCGAUUCCUGCAGACAAGAUUUCCUGCUUCGACUUGCCGAUACGUUCUUACAACUAAACCCAGAACGUUUCCCAGGCUUCGCCUUUGCGUGGCUCUCCCUUAUAGGACAUCGACGUUUUGCGCCUGAUAUACUUCUACUCGAGUCGAAGCGCGGCUGGUCUCCCUACACCAAGCUCCUAAAGUCUCUUUUGAGACAUGUCUCAGAGCACAUGAAGGCCAUCGAUGUCACUGAUGUCGUUAAGGAGUAUUACCGUGCAGUAGUGAAGCUCUUGGUGGUCCUGGCACAUGACUUUCUAGACUACAUCUCAGCCAAUGCAACUCAGCUGUGUAUGAGCAUAUCACCUCACUGUACUCAGCUGAGAAAUAUCGUCCUCAAUUGUGGCCCAAGGUCAGAAGCAGUGGACUCGGCCCCUCAAAACCCUCAAGCAGGCGAGGAUUCCAGUUUGGUGUACGUGAGAGAACUAGGAAUGUUAGAAAUCCUCGAGCAGCUCAUGCAGGCUCCCCCAUCUGAGGAUGCGAUUGCGCACUUUACGCAUGCCAUCAGCAAGAGCAACACGACUGAGACAACAUACGGCAAUGUACCACUCGGUGUCGACCAUAAGCUCAUUGAUGGCAUCGUCACCUUCGUUGGUAACUACGCAGUCUCCCGGGUACGUCAGGAGAGACCAGUCUUCGUUCCUAAUUCACCGGAUGCGGCGACACUGUCACUUUUGGUCCACGAAUUGGGGCCUCAGGCUCGAUACUUUUUCUUGGGCAGCAUUGUCGACCGCCUGCGCCACUUUAGCCCUAUGACUGAGUACUUCAGCUACAUAAUCUUUGACCUCUUUAGUCAAGACAUGAACGACCCAGAGGAAAUCGAUAUUCGACAGCAAGUUGUUCGAGUCCUCCUAGAAAGGAUUGCUGGCUUCUGGCCCCAGCCAUGGGGACUUAUGAUGGUCAUCAUCGAGUUGGUAACGAAAGAAAAGUACCGCUUCUUCGACCAACCAUUCAUCAAGGCGGAUCGCGACAUCGCGGACCAGUUCUUAGCAAUUGCCAGGCAGCACCCUCAGUAGUGGUAGUAUGCUAGUUGGCAUUUCCAUAGCCCAUAAUAGCA